UUGAAAACAAUCUUUGUCGCGGGCGAACAUUGCGAUUACGAGGCCAAGUCUUGGGCUGAAAAUACCUUCAAAGUGCCGAUUCUGAACCAUUGGUGGCAAACCGAAACCGGUCAUGCUAUAACUGCGACUUGUCAGAGUCUAGGUCACAGCUUAAAUCCCCCCAAACACUGUACAGGAAUGCCUUUUCCCGGAUACAAUGUUAAAGUUCUUCGCGAAGACGGAAGUAAAGCAUCGGCCCAUGAACUAGGGAGGAUUGCUGUUAAAUUACCUUUACCGCCUGGAACAAUGUCGACACUGUACAAAGCACCUGAACGCUUUAAAGACAUUUACUUCUCAAAGUUUCCUGGUUAUUACGAUACAAUGGACGCGGGCUACAUUGAUGAAUAUGGAUAUGUUUACGUUACCGCGCGAGAUGAUGACAUAAUAAAUGUCGCUGGUCACAGAUUAUCGACGUCAGCAUUGGAAGAUGUUGUGUUAAGUCACCCCGAUAUUGUUGAUACUGCGGUUGUCGGUGUACCUGAACCUACUAAGGGAGACAUUCCGCUAUGUCUUUACGUCAUGCGAACAGAUACGACUAAGAAUGAAGAACAAAUAAAUCAAGAGUUAAUUAACAAAGUAAGGCAGCUUAUUGGA